AUGAAUGAUAAUUUAGAUAAUGACAGUAUAAGAACAGAAGAUUAUGCUUCAAAAUUCAAUGAAACAAUAGAUUUACCAGGUGAUACACAUAGAACUAAUUCAUAUCAACCAGUUCAAUCACUGUGUGGUGAGAUAAAAAAGUCUUCAAGUACAGCAACACUACUACCCACGUGGCAUACAUUAUCACAGAAAAAUCCCAAUGUAAAUUCAGAUGAAAAUCAUAUUAAUCUACAUAAUAGUCAAACAAUCUUUACAAAAAAGGACAAUACCUCUGAUAUACAACAUAAUUCCACUGUUGAAAAUAAAAGUAAUCAAGAAAAAUAUCAUACAAACUCUUUGAUUCCCAAUGAUAAAAUAUUUAAUGAAAUUCAUGGUAAAUCAAAAUUACCUCCUGUUACGUAUGAUCAUUCAAUCAAAACUAUUAUUCCUUCUGUCAACAGUAUUGAUCAGAAUGUAAAUAAAAAGUCUGAUUUUAUCAAUAAUGAUUAUUAUCCACCAUUUCAUAGUCGAUUGUCAUGUGAAAUACGUCAAAAUGAACAAUAUCUUGACCGUAGUAUAACUUCACAAUCAUUUUCUUUGAAAGGAAGAUGUGAUCACUUGAAGGGAGAUAUUAAUCAGGUUAACGAAUGUGUACAAAUAUCUGGUAUAACCCUCAACAAGGAAGAAAUCAUGGCAAUCAUUAAUGAACGCGAUGAAUUGUAUGAGAUAUUACGAGUUAAUGAAGAGGAGGCUAGUGAACGUUAUUCUACAGAAAAACGUCUAAUGAGUAUCAAACAAGAAUUUACCGUCGAACAGCAACGUUUAAGACAAAUUAUCACUGCAUUAGAAGAGGUAAAAAAAUCAAAUAAUGAAAAACAGUUUACAUCUUUUUUAAACUUUUUAUAUUCAAGUCUUUAUUCACUUGAUGUCUAG